AAAAAAGAUUGAGACGGAUGGUUUUGGUUUAUGGUUCCGCCCCCUAUUUUUAAUUUUAGUUAUAAGUUGUAACAUGGAAGAUCUAAAGUUUUAAGGAGUUUUCAUUUUAUCAGUAAAGUUUAUUGGAUAUUCUAAUCAGUGUGGUGCUAUAGUUUGUUAUUUCACUUAGUUCGUUUAAUAACCUUUAAUUAAUUAAUGUAUGUGAUUUGGUUGACAAGUAGUUUAUGAAGCAUUUUCAACGGUUGUCAACUUAAUUGUUUACAAUCUAGAAAUUGAACUAUUCUCUGCCCUUUUAUUAUACAUAAUUAUUCAAUAUAUAUGGGCAUGAUUAGAUAAUUACAAUGACGGUUGAUUUUAAUGAUUAUUUUUGGGGCGAAAAAAACAAUGGAUUUGAUGUUCUGUACCACAAUAUGAAAUUUGGGCUAGCUGCUAGUAAAGAAUUUGCAGAAUUUCUUAGGGAAAAAUCAAAUAUAGAAGAAAAUAACUCCAAAUUAUUAAGUAAAUUAGCAAAGCAAGCAGGUAGUUGCUGUGUACAUGGUACUUUUGCCCCAUUAUGGCAAGUCUUGAAAACAUCAGCAGAAAAAUUAUCUGCUCUGCAUAUGCAAAUGGUACAGAAAGUAACAGAUUUGGUGAAAGAAGUUAGCAAAUAUGCAGAUGAAUUACAUAAGAAACACAAAUUGGUCAAAGAUGAGGAGUCAGGUACCCUAGAGGCGGUACAAGCUAUGCAAGCUGUAACAUUAAAUGUUCAAAAAUCUCGAGAUACAUACACUCAGCGUGCCCUAGAAUUAGAAAAGUUACGUAAAGAAAGCAAUUCAGCCAAAGAAAUAGAGAAAGCUGAAAUAAAACUUAAAAAAGCCCAGGAAGAUUAUAAAAGCUUCGUAGACAAAUAUAGUAGUGUAAAAGAUGAUUUUGAAAAGAAAAUGUCUGUGACCUGUAAAAAUUUUCAAGAGAUAGAAGUUAACCACUUGAUGCAUAUGAAGGAGUUUCUCAAUAAAUACGCAGAAGUUAUAGAAUGGACGCACCGGCAAAUGGGGACUGUACAUUCUGAGUUUCGACAGCAGUGUGUUGAACUAACUGUAGACCAACUGCUUGAACAAUUUGUCCGGAGCAAGUCAACAGGAUUAGAAAGACCAGGUAUAUUGGAUUUGGAGGACCCCCUGGCAUCGCCAACUCCAACAGAUGCAGAACCAAAACCAGCAAAGAGAGAAGGUAAUGGUCAAAAUGAACAAUCCGUGCCAACACAUGCCAAAACAUCUCGUCGAACAACCUCUCUCCUAAACCUCUUCAUGUCUAACUCCCAGGGGUCACGGGAAAGUCGAGCGGGCCCAUGCAGCGCGCCUUCGAGUCCCACAAGUCCAGAGGGUGAACAAGACAAGUUAACAAGACACUCCAAUCGAGGAUCCAAGUGGUUUUUAAGAAGUAGAAGGGACAAAACUAAACAGAAGAAAGCAAAGAAAAAGAGCAAAGACAGCGUUGAUAACCAUAGUAAUAAAGAAGAAAAAUCAGAUUUGGAGGAAAAGGACGAUUCUCAAAAAAGUCAAAGAACUACUGAAACGACAGAUCCAUCUACUCAAGAAGUAGAUGAAGAUGGUUAUGUAAUAAGGCCUGAAGUUUCACACAAUUGGAACAGUGAAAAAGGAAGUUUUUACUCAUCUUCCGACUCAGAUUCAGAUGAUGACAGAGAACGUAAAAUUCACGUUGAAAUUAAACCCCUAAACAAUGGAUCAGCCCCAAUGUCCGCUUCGGUUGAUGAACUCAGAGCAACUGUUGAAAAUUUAUAUCUAUCGCCGACCGGAGGUUUUGCAAGACGCGGUUCUAAUAUGGAUUCUGGCCUCGAAAAAAUGAAACGAUCGCAAUCUGUUUCACAACAAUUACCAAGCAGCGAUCUUUUGGGUCUAAAUUUUCUACAAAGCCCUACAGCUUCGAAUGCAUCCACACCAACCAGUUCUCAUCCGUACGCUCCCCUGCAGAGUCCAUCUCAGCUUGCAUUAAACUCUCCCACAUUGUCUUCGUCUUCGAGAUAUGCAGAAUUAGGAGAAAUAUUUUCCGAAGAUGGUGAAAUGCAACAGCCUCCGCCAAAGCAACAUCCUCAGCGUCAAACACCGACUCCGACGUCUGGUUAUAUGUCAAUUCCGAGACCGCCCUCGCGUCGCUCAGAUCCGUCUAGGAAUCUAAUGAAUCAGUCUACAAUAUCUCGAGCUGAUAGUAUAAAUAGUCUGGAAUUCCGUACUGCUUCUGUUCCCAUCGGCGUUUCAAGAGGUCCAUCGCCUUUAACCAUUGGCAUGGCAGAUACUAUACCUCUUGCUGUAGCCUUUCAUGAGAUAGUUCACUCAUAUUUUAGAGGAGCAGAUGAAUCGAGGUGUCAAGUAAAAAUGUCAGGUGAGAUGAUGUUGUCUUUCCCAGCUGGAAUAGUAACCAUUCUCGCAAAUAAUCCAAACCCAGCGAAAUUAGUGUUUCGUGUUAAGAAUACUCUUAGGUUAACUAGCUUUAUUCCCAACCAUCAAUUAGUUUAUUCCGAUAGCGGACAACCAGCGUCCGACCAUGUAACUAUCGAAUUUAAUAUGUUUGCUUUAAGUUCCUUACUCAAAAAACAGUCCGAACAAAAUCCUAGUGCUUCUUACUUUAAUGUCGAUAUUCUGAAAUACCAGAUAAAACCGAAACCUGGAGCAAAUUCAUGCCCAUUCCAACUAGUCGCUUACUGGAAGUGUUCAAGUGCCCACACAGAUCUGAAAAUUGAUUAUAAAUAUAAUUCACACGCCAUGAGUUCACCAACUCCUUUAUUAAAUGUAACUGUAGCUGUUCCUGUACCAGGAGUUGUUAAGAACAUGCAAACCAAACCUACAGCUCAGUGGCCUACUGAUAACAAUAGGAUCACAUGGAAAUUCACGGAGCUGUCGCAACAUUCAGAAAACCACGGCGUAGGAUCAGUAGCAGCGCGAUACGAUCUUGAGAACGGGCCCGGAACACCGCAGACGAUUCUAACGCAGUUCAACUGCGAGGGAACAACAUUAUCUGGAAUUGAUUUUCAACUUGUGGGUCCGGGUUAUCGUUUGUCCCUAGUCAAAAGGCGAUUUGUAUCCGGAAAGUACAUCUGCGACGGCGAUCAAAAGUUCAGCUCUGGUACAGGUACUCCGUCUACGGUCUCAACGGUUUCAUCUGUUGGUGAUCAAAAUUGCUAGCAUUCCUACAUAUCCUCUUCAAUACGCAUAUUGUAUAACUUUUAUGUUAACUUGUUCAACUAUUUUUAUUUAUGACCAUUUCCAUGUUAAAUGUAGCAUAUUAUAUAGUUUAUGAAUGAUGCUAUUUUAUAAUCGAAUAAAGGUUAAAGCACUUAGUUUCUUUCUGACUUUUUAAAGAUUUUACUUGUAAUAUCCUAGACCUAAUUUGAUGGGUUGUUACAACACAAAUUAAACAUAUUUUUUGUUUAUUACUUUCCAAAUCCAAACUGUCCCAAACCCAGUCGUAUGAAUAUACGGUUAUCAAGGCAACUUUUAUGUAAUAAUAAUAAAAAAACGUUAUUAAUCAUAGUUAUUACAAAAAAGAUACUAAUAAAUAUAAAUCUAAAAAUAAAUAAAGUGGUUCAGUCG